AUGGCGGCAGCAGCAGGCCCCCUGAACCCUGUGGCCACCCUCCACGAAGAGGCUGUCUGUGCUAUCUGCCUGGACUACUUCACUGACCCAGUGUCCAUUGGAUGCGGCCACAACUUCUGCCGGGUGUGUAUCACUCAGUUGUGGGGUGCCGGGGACGGUCCAGAUGAGGAAGAAGAAGGAGAUGAUGUAGGAGCGUCUGGCUCCGAUGGUGACUACAGGCCUGGUUCCGAGGAGGCCGCGGAUGAUGGAGGGAUAGAUGACCUGGGACCUGAGGAAGAUGUUGAUGAUGAAGAUGAUUUAGAGGACGAUGAGUACCUGGAUGGUGGGGACAUGGAUGAGGAAGAUGAUGAUGCAUCCAGGGAUGGGUAUGAUGAAGAUGAUGAGGAAGUGUGGGAUGAGGAGGAAGACAGAGACUUUUGGGACCAGGAUCCUGGGUCAGAUGAGAUGUGGCAGGAUGCCAUGGAGAAUGACCUGUUCUUUGACAACUACGAUGAAGAGGGGGAAGUGAUGGAUGAAGAAGGGGAGUAUGAUGUGGACUACCCUGCAGAAGCAGCCUCCCCGACUCCACCACCGCGCCAGUCUUUCACUUGCCCACAGUGCCGCAAAACGUUCCCUCACCGCAACUUCCGCCCCAACCUUCAGCUGGCUAACAUGGUGGAGAUCAUCCGCCAGAUGCACCCGCAGCCGCUCAAGGCUGCAACGGCAUCAACUGAGUUGGUGGAGCUGGGCGCAGCGGGGGAUGCAUCAGGAGUGCCGCCUGCCUUGGCGGCAGGUAGAGCUCCACGAGGGGAGCGAAGCUUGUGCGCGAAGCACCAGGAGCCGCUCAAGCUUUUCUGUGAAGCUGAUGAGGAGCCGAUCUGCGUGGUGUGCAGGGAGUCACGAAGCCAUAAACAUCAUAGUGUCAUGCCACUUGAGGAAGUUGUGCAAGAAUACAAGGCCAAACUCCAGGAUCACUUGGAUCCACUGAAGAAGAAACUGGAGGCUGUUCUGAAGCAGAAGUCAAGCGAACAAGAGAAAGUAGCUGAACUCAGGAACAAGAUGAAGCUGGACAUGAAAGAAUUCGAGUCGGACUUUGAGCGGCUGCACCAGUUCCUUGUGGGGGAGCAGGCGCUGCUCCUGCACCAGCUGGAGGAUCGCUACGAAAUUCUGCUAGCCCGCCAGAAUAGUAAUAUCACUCACCUGGAGGAGCAGGGGGCUGCGCUAAGCCGCCUCAUUGCAGAAGCCGAAGACAAGAGCAAGCAGGAUGGUUUGCAGCUGCUCAAGGAUUUCAAAGGCACCUUAGUCAGGUGUGAGAACAUAACAUUCCAGGAUCCUGAGAUGGUGCCAGUGGACGCAGGAAAGAAAUAUCGGAACUGUUUCCUUGUCGACAUCUUGAUGAAGAAGAUGGAGAAAGUCUUCAGCAAAAUCCCUCAAGUUGACUUGACCCUGGACCCUGAGACGGCCCAUCCACGGCUCACCCUCUCCUCCGACUGCCGCAGCGUCCGCCUCGGGGAGCGCUGGCGAGACGUGCCCGACAACCCCAAACGCUUCAACUCCGACUACUGCGUGCUGGCUCUGAAGGGCUUCACUGGCGGCCGCCACUGCUGGGAAGUGGAGGUGGGCGGCCGACGGGGCUGGGCCGUGGGAGCGGCCCGGGAAUCGGCCAGGCGCAAAGAGAAGUCCAGCGGAGGCCCCCACCUGAAGCGGGAGAUCUGGUGUGUGGGGACCAAUGGGAAGAAGUACCAGGCCCUGACGACCACCGAGCAGACGUCCCUCUCUCCCUCUGAGAAGCUCCGGCGCUUCUGCGUCUACCUGGACUAUGAGCAGGGCCAGCUGAGCUUCUACAAUGCCGAGAGCAUGUCCCACAUCCACACUUUCAACGCCUCGUUCCAUGAGCGCAUCUUCCCUUUCUUCCGCAUCCUCUCCAAGGGCACCCGCAUCAAGCUCUGCAAUUGAUGCUGCUGCCUCCGCUGCUUUUGCUCUUACCUGUAACUGGAUGCUGUCCCCAACCUAGCCUCACUU